AAGAAUGCUUUAUGAUGAAAAAGAAAGGGAAGAUUGCCGGUUGGAUGAGUGAAGGGCAAUCCGAAGUACGUCGAGAAACAGAACAACUGUGCAACGAUCUUGAAGCAACACAACAAGACUACAAGAAAUUCCGUUUGCUGGUGGAGCAGCUACAUAGGGAAUACGUGGAAUCCAAAGAGCUAGAUUUCUUUAGACGCUAUAGGCAACUAAAAAGCAUGAUUAAAAGGACAGUGACCCAUCUUAGGUUGUCAAAUGGAGGGGACGCGUUAUCAAGCGGAUUAAAACAGAUGUGCAGAGACUUUGUGCGGCAGAAGGAUACGAGUGCCGCCGCUCAAAGAAUUGAGGAACGAUAUAAAGAUCUUUCUGACGAUGCCCUUUUAGAGCAAAACGUUGAGAUACAAGAACAAAUAACGGACACCAAGCGAAAAACGGAUAUUAUAAAAGACCUUAUUCACGAAAUGGAGGUCCAAUAUGAGGAAUCUAAGCGGUACAUUGCUAUACAAAGAUACCGCCUUAUGAAGGGAAUGAUAAAAGAAGUCAUCAACAGCCGAUUCCUUUAGCCGCUUUUCAGAAGGCGUUAAUAAUUCUGAAUAUGGAAAGAAAUACAGAAAAAAGACAGGAUGUUACAGAAUGUGAACUGUCUGCAGGUUCGUUUACUCAAACCUGAAACUGGCAUAAUGGUGGAAAAACGAAGAAUUGGUGGAAAGGAAAUUCCAGGGGAAAGAUUGCAGUAAGCGCUAUCUGUUCGCGUGUUUUGAUAGGCAGUGAUUUCUCAUAAAGAAAGCCGAUUUUUCUUAUUUUCAAUUCAACAAGGACCGGGGCGCUUACAUUAUCGUGCUCGGAUGCAAACAGCUUAUAGCAACAUUCAGAACUGCAAAAUGAAAUUGGUUUAACCUCUUGACGGGGAAAUCAAUACAUCGUAUAUUGGCUCCAAAUAGGGAAGACUAUGGACGUCUAAGGACCCGAGGACCGUUUUCUCCAUAAAAGUCCUGCCCAGCGACAUGGAGAUGAAUUCAACCUGAAACUGUUAAAGACGAGCCGCCUACUUUUUGGAAUUCAAACAGUAGUCAUAUUGAUUUUUUUAUGCAUGCGAGGCCAGGGCCCAGCUGACUGUACGGAUUAGAGAGUGAAAAGUUGCUCGUUUUCGAAUCUCCCCUGUGUAUGUGCUUUAUGAGAGCCCCUCGGCGUUUACACCUUACCACACCAUCCGAUCAAUCCAUAUAUUAUUAAUAUACUACCGGUUUGCUAGAUCUCAAAGCACAUGUUGAUAGUUGUGAUCAUUAAUUUGCCCAUUCUCUCUUCCAGAAAUUGUUACUGGAGACCAGUGGCGCAUAGGUAAUUUCCCCCUUUCCAUUUGCAAAACAAGAACUGGUGCAAUGGGAUUUCAGAUAUAUCUAUAGGUUAUGUUACGUAAGGGGGAGCAAUGUUUGAUGUUAAACGUUGUACAUUAUCUCGGUAACAUGGGACAGAAAUCUUGCAGAUCAUCAUAUAAUUGGAAAGGUCUUGCGGAUUAAGUUCAAUACCGAGUUCGCAAACUGAUCGUAGAUAUCAAGGCGGCAUAUCUUGCUGAAGAUGCUGUGUAAUUAUUGGUUUCUGUUUCUAGAUGCGUACCAAUUAGCAAUAAUGAAAUCUGUGCUUUAUAUGAAUGUCCGUUGCCAUACUGAAUUUGCACGAAAUCCUGCAAUUAACUCACAUCUCAAUGAUGAUGGUAGGAUUUUGUUUUAAUGUGAUGCCACCAAUGUGCACUCUUGGGGCG